CUAGUGGUUCACUGUCCUGGCAUCCCUGUUUUGUUACUUUCUUGGUCCAUGCUUUAAACUCGGUGCCGCUAUAUAGAUCACAUUCCGAAGCUUUUACUCGUUACAAUGUCUCGUCGUGUCCCUCCUUCAAAAGACAGUGUAUCGCUGCCUCCGAUUUCCCAGAUAUUCAAUAUGCCCCAAGGUCAGCCCCCGACCCCUGCAUCACUUUCGCAUAUCACUGGCAAUGGAUAUGGAGCAUAUACUUCUCACAUACCGAACGAAUCUCAGUCUCGGAGGCACUCUUAUGCAGCUCACAGUCACGGCGGUUCCCAGUCGUACACGCUUCCAAACUCAGGGAGUUCUUCAUACUACGAUCCAGGCUCGGCUGGCCGAUCAUCAGUGCACUCUGUGCCAGGUGCACCUUACUAUGGCAGCUCGUACCCUACACAGACUGAAACAAUGCCCGCGGGAAACCCUUCAUACUGCAAUUCAUACGGCAACUAUCCUUCGGGUAGCUAUCCGUCUGGAAGCUUGGACUACAGGGGCCAAGCUGCUCCGGUAGCGACCAAUUCCCACUACGCUAUUCCCGGACAGGGGGUUCCCCUGACCAUAUAUUCCGGGCAGCCAGUCCACUCAGUCUCACGGAUCAACGAUUCUUCGUCACAUAGUGGUCGAGCCGAAGCAGGGGACUCCACCUCGCGUUCUCGUGAAGGGCACACAGAUGACUCUACAAAUAAGACGAGGUACGAAUGCAGCUACUGUGGAAAGGGAUUUAGCCGUCCGAGUGCUUUAAAGAUCCAUGUUAUUUCUCACACAGGAGACAAAGAUUUCGUCUGUCCGGAGGAAUCAUGUCGACGAAGAUUCGGUAUUCGAAGCAAUAUGUUACGCCACAUACGGCUUGUCCACCAAAACAUGCAUACCCCGAGUGAGUUCGAUGGGACAGAAUGAUAGUGAUGGACGAAUCCCCGGUAGAAAAUUUUGAUGCUAACAAGAGGUUAAUCAAGGACUGUCUUUGGAACGCUUCAAGUUCAAUGUCAGGGAACUAGACGAAUUG